AUGGUGCUUCUUCAGGAAAUCUACUGCCCGGAGCAGAUCGUGAUACCGGAAAAUUUUCACAUCACUCUGAAGCAAUAUGCUAAAGCCGUAAUUCGAACACAGCCAUUUGAUUUAUUGCGUUGGUCCGCGGCGUACUUCCGAUGUAUGGCACUGAGCGUGCAACCUCCGGUGAAAUCUCGUUACGAACCUGCCGCACACUAUGGAGCACUCACCGGUGGCAUUGUUCGUGUUCUAAUCGAUCAGCUCGGGAAAGGCUACUACGUACAAAAGAAGAUCCUGUUGGAGAAGUGGGAAGGUUUAUGUCUUUCGGAAGAAGACUUAUUGAAUGUUUUGUCGUUGCUUCGGAUGCUGAAUUGGUCCCAGCUACACUGGCUGAAGAUUGUUGCCGUGUUCAUUGGUCUGUUGUCCAAAGACCUUGCGGGAACCGCAGAAAUGAUCUGCGAAAUGUUGACCGAAGACCCGGACGGAGGCACAGCGUCGAUACCGUUUUGGAUGUUUCGGGAGUGCUUUCUUACGGUGGCCAAUUUGGAUUGCGGCUCUGCGCAGAAGUUCGUGAAUGGCAGGAAAGUUUUGGACGAAGAUACGGGAGCCCUAGAGGAGGAACUGAUGCCGCCUGCUCUUCCGAAAGUUUUGUCAACUAUUUCAUUUAAAAAUGCCAUAAUUGACAAGUACCGUGCCUUGCUCGAGGAUGAACCCGAGCAGCACAAUUUAGCGCAAUCGAGCAACAUCAACAUAGACGACGUUGACGACCAACUUUCUGCUCCAUCGGUCGUUCCCUCGAGGCUGGAAUCUGAUUUUAAGUUUCUCGGCGACAGCACCGACGUGUACGAAGUGCUUCGCAGAGCACCGGACUUUGACAGUGUCAUCGUUUUGCUGAGACACCUGCGUAGACACGACGUCAAUGCCACAGUCAGUGCAACUAGCCUGUCUCAGGCGGCUCUUGAGCGGACACGUGAACGAUCUAAGCAGAUCGAGGAACUCAAACCCACUAUCAGUGAGGAGGAAUACUGCAAAUUAAAGGAACAGGAGCGACAGGAGCUGCUCAAGGAAAUGGGCCCGCCGUGGUUGCUGUUGUAUCUGUUCUCGCAGGAUUCCUCACGCAUGAAAUCGUUCAAUUACGUCGAACAGUGCUCCACCUCCAUUUCGGAGGAAUCGGUGUCGGCUUACUCGAUGGAGAACAUUUAUGAGGAUACGCUCGAGCUAGAGCCCAUGAUUCCACCGGCACGCCGAAAAUCCAGCUUUUCCUUGCCGGUAACGCUGCGUGCUAGAAUGAGCGUUAGUUCCCAUUCGGCGGCGUUUAUUACGAACGACAUCCUCACCAGAGUGGUCUGUUCGAUAGACCAGGCAAUCGUGGACGGCGAAUGUGAGCUUUCCGUGGGCUCGAUAGCCUCUUUCCUUGAGCGAAAUGCGAGCGCCAGUGAAGAGUUUCUUUCUCCUAGCGACCACGACAAGCUGCAGUCGUUUCUGAAGGAAGCGGAAAGCCGCGAACUGGAGGUGAAGGAUAUUAAUGAGCUGUACAACUUUUUCGUGAGCGAAAGCUUCCAGCGAGCGUUGCAUGAGGAUGAAAAUGCAGCCCAGUCGAAGGAAAUUUUCAACAUUUUCGGUGAAAGCGGCAUCGAGGUUGAUGCAAAUCUGCUCGAGGCUAAGAUAUCAGAUAAUAUGAUUCUCGGUUUGGUCGCCCCACCGCCCAUCGAAGAGCCGGAAUCCGACCACGUCGAAGAGCUGGUCGAAAGUCCUGCACCGAGCGCCAUGCUUCUAACUCCUUCGAUGGAUACUCUGCUGGCUGAUGUGCACGAAGGCGCUACUCAGACAGAUCCAAUUGAAAUUGCUUGCAUGAAGCGCAAAAUACCGCUCGUUCCGAAAGACGACCAGCACAUACCAUAUAAAUGCAAGAUUUCCGCAAUUCCAGGCAUUGGCAGCCCAUUAAACGAAACCCUGCGAGAUGCAUUUCUCGCAUAUCUAGCCCAGCAGUCAGUCGAGCAGCAGGGUUUGAUUUAUCCUCGAAAUUUCCGCGAAGCGUUAUGCCCAAAAUUCGAUUAA